AUGGCUUCCAAAAACUCCUGGCUGCUCCUACUCCUGAGUUGUGCCACAGUCACAGGCAUCGUAGGAGAUAUUAUCAUGAGACCGAGCUGCAGUACAGGAUGGUUUUACUACAGAUCCAAUUGUUAUGGAUAUUUUCGAAAACUUCAAAGUUGGUCUGAUGCUGAGUUGGAGUGUCAGUCCUUUGGAAAUGGGGCCCACCUGGCUUCUGUCUUGGAUGCAAAGGAAGCCAGAGUCAUAGCCAAGCACAUCUGGGGCUAUCAGCGAAACCAGCCUGUUUGGAUUGGCCUCAAUGACCCCCAAAAGAACAACAAAUGGAAAUGGAUUGAUGGAGGUCUGUUCCUCUUCAGAUCCUGGGCUGACAAAUCUUUCCGUACAGAUAAGAGCUGUGCUGAGAUGUCUUAUCAGAGUAAUUUCUUAACUUGGAAUAAAAAUCACUGCAGCAAGCCCCAACACUUCCUAUGCAAGUAUCGACCCUAGAAGCAAGACUAAGGCCUC